AACAAAAGGUCGUUCGACAAGGAAGCACUACGUCUCAUACAACACAAUGUGCACUUUCUAAAUUGGAGCCGGGCCGUAUCCGCUCUUUGAUUUAAGCUUAGUUGCUUCCUGUGCUCUUUUGACUUGCAUAGCUGUUGGGUAACUGGAUAGAUUCCAGUUCUGAACUGCUCUCUUUCGAUGAAAUCAGAAACUAAAGCAACACAACAAGUCAGCCAUUCUAUUUAAAUGUGCUUUUUUAAGAUGUUGUGAGUCAGUAGUCUGAAGAUGCCACUCUGUUUUACAUCCCUGCUUCCUCUAUGAAAUCGUAGACAGACACUCUAUUGGAGAAAGACUUGUUAAGAAAUACCCAGAUCUGUCAGACUAGGUCAAUGGAUUCCAGGAUGCCUCACAGCAUCACUGUUGUGCCAAAUGCAGUCAUGGUGCAACCUCUGCUUGAUGGCCGGGUCCCAUAUGGAAGGUUACAGCACCCGCUCACCAUCCUGCCUAUUGAUCAGAUGAAAACCACCCAUCUGGAAAAUGAUUACAUUGACAACCCAGUCCUUAGCCAGCUAGCCAGUCAAAAACUUAGCAGGGGCCCACAUGAGCCUAUGCUCAUCAAUCAACAUUUGCAGAGAUGUGAGGCCGACAUCACCCACCCUUGGAUAUCGUUCAGCGGGCGUCCCAGUUCAAUUAGCAGCAGCAGUAGCACCUCUUCAGAUCAGAGACUCUUGGACCACAUGGUCCCACCUCCAGUGGUGGACCAGUCUCCACCUAGGGCAGUAAGGAUACAGCCUAAAGUGAUUAAUUCUAAGCCUCAGGAUGUGAAAGGACCCUUGGCCCAACAACUGGACAAGCACUUUUUACUUUGUGAGGGCUGUGGUAAAUGCAAAUGUAAAGACUGUACUACCCCUCGGACUUUGCCUUCUUGUUGGGUUUGCAACCAGGAAUGUCUGUGUUCAGCGCAGAAUCUGGUCAACUACUCAACUUGCAUGUGUCUGGUCAAGGGAGUCUUCUACCACUGCUCCAAUGAAGAUGAUGAGGGCUCCUGUGCAGAUCACCCAUGUUCUUGCUCUCACUCCAACUGCUGUGCUCGCUGGUCCUUCAUGAGUGCCUUGUCAUUGUUCCUCCCUUGCUUGCUUUGCUAUCUUCCAGCCACUGGGUGCGUCAAACUUUCACAAAAAUGCUAUGACCAAGCAAGCCGUCCUGGCUGUCGAUGCAAAAACACGAACAGCGUAAUAUGCAAGGCACCAGAAGACAUUGGCCGACCAGAGAAGCCAUUCUGAGAGAGUAUUGUGCUAACUGUGUUACAAGGAUGCAUCAUGCAGGAAACUAAAGCAAAAAAAAAACUCCAUACAGGAUAUUCUCACCUGAGGCUUUAAUUUAGAAUUCUUAGUUAAGUGGGUCCAGCAACACUUAGUAUUACACAGAAAAAGAGCAGGAAAUGCAUAUUAUAUAUUGCUGCUGCUGUGAACUAUUUCCGAAUCCUGUGUGCUGACUAGAUAGCCAUUGGGAUCACCUUGAAACUAUUAUCUAACUUUAAUUUAUCUACAGCUACCCUUAAGAUAGAAGAUUUUUACUCAUCAGGAUGGAAGUGAGCCAGCUCCAGUUCUUCCUCAUAUGCUUAUUUCUUUCUUUUUAAGCUGUAUGUUUCAGUCUAUAGGCCAGCCACACGUUUUUUUUUAUUAAUGUGUGCGGCUGGUCUACUGAGAUUUUGGUGUGUAGCAUUUUUAUGUCUGUGGUUUAAUGUUGUUUUUGUAUUUUUAAUAUACCUUUUUAUUUUUACGUUUUAUACAAGUUUUUUUUUUUUUGGCUAGUGAAGGAAAAAUGGGAGGUUAGCGUGCCAAGGGUACAGAUUCAAUCAACAUUGUGGUGACAGGAAGGAAUUUACUAUCACCCUUCCUCCUGUAGCCGUGUUGAGGUCCUUCCGCCCUGCCUAUUAUUAGCCGGCCUUGCUGCCCUUCAGUCACACUCCUUAUUGUUGAUGGGAAGCUCUGUCUUUCAUCUUCAGCUCAUCGGUGCAGGAGCAAUAUCUGAGAGAUUCACAUGGAAGUGGAAAAUAUAUUGAUAUCCCAUAUUUCACAUUUAUAUCUGAAAAACAACUCACUCCUUAAACCUUAUGCUAACUAGUGAAAACUCCCAGACCUCACCAUAAGCCUAGAAAAUAAUCUAUUCCCACUGUUUCAUCAAUCAUGUUAAGUCAGAGUAAUUAUUACACAGUUAAGCCCCAUGCAGCUGUGCUAUUUAGAACAUACUUGCUUCCUUGGGCUGCUCUUCCUCCUGUGUAAUAAAGAAUAAGGUCUGCUAGGAAUAUAAGAGCACAAAUACCCAUUUUGUAACCUGAGACAAUAGAGAAAAAAAAAGUUCUGAAGGAGCAAGUGUAAAAACCACCAAUUUUUAUUUCAUUCAUUAUCAUUAUUAAGGACAUUUAAACUUGCAUGUCAACUUAACUUGUUUCAUGUGCUGCUGCUCUUUACCUAGGCCCUUCUGUAAAAUAACACCUUGUAUAAAUAUCUGUAUAAAUAUACAUAGAGAAAGAUACAAAGAAAAUGUCUAUUUUAGUGUUAUAUAACAGGUCAGGGAAGCUAUAAGGAAACUCACCCAUAUGUGUUGCGAUAGUCGUGUUAUUUUUUUGUAAUAUAUAAAUAUAUAAGUUUAUGAUGGUUGGUUGCUCACUCAUGCAAGGGUGAUGUUCAGUAUAUCUUUAAAACAACCUAUAAAGCAAAAAAUAGGUGCUAGGUCUCAGUUAAAUGUCACAUAGUUUCCGUGCUAAAGGGGAAUUUUCGUUCGCAUAUCGACGUGUUUCAUUUGCAUUGAAGUGUGGUCUUUAUAACGCGUUUCAAUGUUCAAAUGCAACGUGUCUCUUUAUUUUGUCAAUUUGAUUCAUGUUACAAGGCCUAAAGGGUUAAUGGUACAAUACAUGGCAACUCUUAAUGUCUAAGCUAUCACCGGCCAUGCUUUUACUACAGUGAUUACUAAUUUACAUGUUUAGUAGCUUUUUAUAUGUUUCUUUUACCUUUGUAAAGAAUAAUAUAUAUAUAUUCUAUUGAUUAGAAAGGGUCACUCUUAAUAUGCUUGUGUCCUUCUGUUGUGUGAAUUUUUACCUUUCCUUGCAAAAUUGCUGCAAAUCUAGCACUUUGUCAUUCGUUAGAGAUAUAUUUAUUUAUUUUUUUAUUUAACUAGGAGAAUGGAAUAAUUUAAAGUUUGGAAGAAGGUACAAAUACCCUUCAUUUCUCUGUCACUCUCUCUAUUUUGCAUGAGGCUUCCCCUUUAGGACUGCAAACUGCUUUGAUACUGAGAUAAUUGCUGUGUUUUGAUUUGGACAUCUUUCCUUUGGUUUAUUGACUCAAACAGCAUUGUAUUUUGAACUUAUAAAGUACAAGAUUUUAUAUUUUUUUUAUGCCAAUGAUAAAUUCCAAUACUUCAGACACUGAAACAAAUCAUAGGACUCAGUGUGUCAGCUUUCGUCUCCUAUUUUUAGUACUGUUCUCACAAGAUCCAUAAGUGUAUGGAUGCGGUUCACCGGUGGCGGAUAUUUAAAUAUCAUUGCACUUCCUGUAUUCCCACAUUGCACUUCCUGUAUUCCCACAUUGCAAGUGGCAAGAUAGGUGCAAAAUAUAUCCGCUUGCUUACCCAGUUAUUUAAAUUAAUAAUUCUUACCCAAUUGGAAUUUGCAAAAAGCAAAAGGCCACACGAGUAUUUAAUAUUUAAUGGGGGGAAAAAAAUAGAUUUUGUGAUAUACGCCCUCUUUUUCUUGCUCUUACAAAAAAAACCUUGAAAACACCUAAUCCUGAGUUAGUUGGACAUAUAAACUCAAGUGUAAAUUUAGUGAAUUAUCAGUGCCAAAUUCCACCGUGUCUAUGUUUAUUGACAAUCAACCAUGCCAGAUCUGUUAACGAGGCAAUUUCUCAUAUCGCUAAACCUUAAGUAUAGACACAAGCUCUUAAAAGUCAAGAAAUGUUGCAAUGUUGGGUCACUGACCAGGAAAUGUCAUAAAAUUAACUAAUUUAUUCAUGGAAUAGCAACAUCAAUGAUUUAUUAUUGUGGAUACCUAAGAUUUUGUUAGUUAAGACCUCUAAUUCUCUCUGUGGGGAUUUUCUAUAGAAAUAGACCAUUCUCAUUCAUAAUAGCCAGUUUGAUGCAAACCUAAAGUUUUGUCUGUUCUGAAAACCCUCAGCUUUUUAAGUUUUUAAGGAAAUACCACCCUCCUAGUUAUUACCCCUGAAGCUCAAAGCAACAUCCACUAAGCACAACAUAGUAAGGAUGACCUAGAUAUCAAAGUGUACCUAUUGCUUGCAUCCAGAGCAGGCAUUCAUUUUGUGAGCUGAAAAAAUAUGAGGUCAUGGCGUACUCAUUCUCUAGGAAGGAGUGACAUGCUGAGAUGUGAGUGAUGUGGGCCAUACACCUGAGCCCUGAUUCCCUGUUUGCUGAUCAGCAAACAUCGAUGAUCAGCUAUCCGUUGGAAAACUGGGAAAAUUCAACAUGUUAAACAUUCCAAACUUGCUUUGUUCAUCUUUGGUCGAAAUCUGCAAAUAAGGGAUUUCAAACAUGUUGGAUUCCACCGAUCUCCGUCCCAGUUUUUGGGAGAAGUGCAAAUUGCUGCAAUAUAUUGUAUGGGCCCCAUUACUCAAUGCAUGCUUCAAUGACGUCACUAAUUCGUUGGGGAUAGAUAGACCGAAUAUCGGCUAAUUCCACAAAAUGGCUGUGUGCAAGUACACUUUAAGGUUUGUGAGUGGGUUUGUUUUUCUAUAUUGGAAUAUUUGAAAAUAAUAUAUAUAUAUAUAUAUAUAUAUAUAUAUAUAUAUAUAGUAUGUUUUUGUUAUUACUAUGUUUGUGGGUGGCUCGCAUAUCACAUAAACUGUUUGGAAAAGGGAGAUGUAAUUUUUAACUAAUGUGCAAUUUGUACCCAAACAACGGUGUAAAAAUGUGUCUCUUUUAAAGAUAUUUUGUUUAAAGAUUUACUCCAUAGAAGAUAUGUAUUUGCUGAAUUGUUUCAUUUGUAUAGAAUAUUUAUUUUGAAGCUCUAUUUUAAUAGUAUUUAUUUUAGAAAGUCUACUAUUUGUAAGAGUUCUUCUGUCUGUGAAGAAAAACACAAGUUAAAAACUGAAUGUACUGAUCUAGAAAUGUGUGUGU